UAAGAGUUCCCGCCAAAAUAAUUUACAAAAUGGUGGUUCAAAGAAGUACUCUAUACAUUACUAAUAUACGUAUUAGGCUUUAUAAUCUUAAUUUUUAUUAAUAGAAUCAUGAAUUUUUAUGAAUGACUAAAUAGUAAACACUUAUUGUAUAAUUUAAAUUAAUAAAGUUCUUGUUGAGAUAACAAUUUAUAAUUUUUAAAUAUUUCUCUCAUUGUUUUUAAUAAUAAAAUGGAUAAGCAAAAGGCAUUUUUAAGCAUUAAUGAAAUGUUUAAUUAUCUUCAGUGUACUCCAGGAGCAAGAUGUGUUUCAGAAGGGGAGGAAGUUUUAAAUGCAGGUCAUAUAAUAUUGUGUGGAAUAAAAAGUAUAAUAGAAAGUAAGAUAUGUUUAUAUGCAUUGUGUUUACAAACUAGUGCAUUAUCUAGUCAUCCUCAUGAAAUAAAUGGUUCAAUUGAAAUGGAAAAACUAAAAAAUGAUAAUAAUUACAAAAUAAAGUUGGUUGAAUUUCUUUGCUCGUGUAAGGCUGGAGCAAGCGGCCGUUGUAAGCAUGUAUCAGCAAUACUUAUUCAAUGCACAAGGUAUUAAUUAAACACAUUACAACUAAUGAUAUUUAAUUUAGAAAUGUUGAUUAAAAUAGGUAUUAUAUUAUUUUUAUUAUAAACAUAUUUUAUUAUUAACUAGUAUGUAUCUUUGUUAUACACAUGUUAAAAUAUAGUUUAUAUUCAACUUAUUUACAAUACUCACCUAAAUAUUUACUUUAUUAGGGAAAAUAUAUCGGAAUUUGAGAAAAUAUCAUCUACAGAUAUAAAAUGUGUUUGGUCUGCUAGAAAAGAAACGUCAGUACAAAAUUACAAACCUAGGCCUUUAAUAGAUACAAAUUGCAUUAAAGCACAUGACUUAAAUAUGCCAUCAACAGUAUCUGAAAUAGAUAUAACAGCCAUAUACACAACAAUUAGUUCUAUUCGUGGUUUGGUCAGACAUAACUAUUAAUUAUAUUACUUAAAUUAGUAUAAGUAAUUUAAUAAGAAAAGUUUAAAUUAUUGUUUAAAUAUUAAUUAUAAUGAUUUGCUGAGUAAUCAAAACACAUUAUCACUGUCUGACUACACUACUAAAGAGUACAGAGUACUUCUUUGAGAAGUACUACUUUCUGCCACAAGAGUGCGUACUACUUA